AUGGAGUACGAGUCUUUUUCGGAAAACGGGUACCACGCGUAUCUCCCGUUCCCCUUCCCCAGCAAGUCCGACGAUGUCGACCCUAGCGCCGCCGGAUCUCCAUCUGAUAACCAGAUCCCGAACGCACCCUACGCUCCGCCGCGCAACAUGGCCUCGUCGAACAACGCCGCCACACCUGGCUCAGAUUGCAGUCCUGCGCCAUCGCCUGCUGAGUCCUCGGGAAGCACCUUCUGUACCGCUGCCGAAUUUGAACAAGACCGCCGCAGCUCCAUCCGACAACUCGUACCAAGGUCCCCUCCACGCCCUCACGUCGCCGCCACGUUGUCCGUCAACACGCACGCCAAUGGCCCCUCGCAGUCGGGCGGGGGGCCUACGAGCAUGAUACAUUCCAUCCCGCCCCGACCCAAGCCCGGCCGCAAGCCUGCCACCGCGGAGCCCGAGACCAAGCGCAAGGCCCAGAACCGCAUCUCACAGCGCAACUUCCGUGAACGCAAGCAGAAGAAUGUGCAAAUGCUGCUCGAACAGGUCAACCAGACCAGUACGGAAUUCAACGAUGCCCGCAACACAUGGCUACGGGAAAAACAGCUUCUGGAAGACCGAGCACGGGCUCAAGCACAAGAAAUCCAGAUACUGACAGAGCGUCUACGCACAAGUGACGCCCAAAAAAUUAUGUGGAGGAAUAUGUACCAGAAAGUGAGAGCAGGCGAAGACGUUUGCACGCCAAACUACGAGGAGGACUUUGCUCCCAUGCAUCCCAUGCCGAACUUCGUUCAAAUCCGUAGCGCACGCCACGACGCACCGUUCGAGAGCACGCAAUCAGGAUGCGAUCGCUGCACGCCUGAACAUUGCGCCUGUCUCGCCGACCUCACCAAUGAUAUGCAACUCCCGGACGAGGCCUCGGCUCGUAUGGACGGCAUGUCCAUGACUGGAGUACUUCGCGGCGGCCAAGGAGAACUCGACCAAGAGAAGCAUCCCCACGUCGAGUUCGAAGUCGACUUCACCAACAAGUUCAAGAGCGCAUCUACAUUCGCACCAUCGACGGAGGACAACAAGAUUACAGACUGUGGCUUCUGCGAGGGACAAAAGGACAUUUGCAUAUGCGAUCCCCCUGCUCGUGUUGACAGCGCCGAUGAGGGCAUCUCACUCACGCGCAUGAAGAGUGGUUCUUCAGCUGAAGAAGCGAAGCCCAACAUGGCCAUGACCGGACCUGGCUCUUGUGCCGACUGUCAGUCAAACCCCCAGCAGCGAGCCUGGUGUCAGCGAGUCGCUCAGCUCCGGAGCGAGGAAACCCCUUCGAGCUCACGGCGCAACUCAAGCAAGAGCAGCUCGCUCGAUAUUAUGGAACCCAAGGCAUCGACCAGCAUAGACAUGAGCGCCGGCAUUUCGUCGCCUGUGGGUACUGGGCGAACAGUCGGUUGUAGCGAUGCCUUCAAGCUACUUGAUGGUCGAGUUUCGACGGAUCCGAAUGCCAUGGACUGGCGCCAACUAAAGCCUGUUCCGCAGGCUUUCGGACGCCAGGACACUCGCAGGGACACAUUCACUAUGGAACCCGGCAUGUACAGCGCGAUGGAGCUGGACGCCAGCAGCAUCCUCACUACCCUCCAACACGCCCAGCGUCCUCUCAGGACCCGCCCGUCUGACGGCCCACAUGCGCCGCUGAUCGAAGAGGCCGAGGAACGGCGCCGAGCUUCUUUCUCGCCCAUGACCAAGGCCGAGGAUCACGCCAUGAUGGACGCAGUCUCUCACUACAAUAUCGACCACUGA